AGAUAAAACAAAUGAACUGAGCAAAAGAAUUUUUCGGAAUAUAAAAACAUUGAGCAUAAAAUCGAAACGGUUAGUAACUCCGACAAUAUUAGCGAUUUAUUUUGAGCGACUAAAGGGAUUCAGGAACCAAUUACAGCGAAAUGGUGCAAGUACUCAGUGCAUUGGUUGUGGUAUGUGCAUUCAUCUGCAUAGACGCACAAAGAAAAGUGGGCGAUCCAUGUGAUGUUGGCAAUCCCGAAGAGAACACCGGCUCGUAUGGACCACAUCCAUCCGACUGUACGAAGUAUAUACAAUGUCUGCAUGGAUUUUAUGGUGAACGAGAAUGCUCACCUGGCUUACACUGGAAUAAGGAAGAGGAAGCCUGCGAUUGGCCCCAGAAAGCCAAUUGUGUUCAGUUUGAUUCGGAACAACGUAACGAAGUCGGUGGACCAUGCUACGUAGGUGACCAUAAAGACAAUAUUGGUAUGUAUGUUGCGCAUCCCGGUGACUGUACAAAGUACCUACAAUGUCUACACGGUUCCUUCGGCGAACGGCCAUGCCCCGAUGGAUUGCAUUGGAAUAGCGAAAAAACCGCUUGUGAUUGGCCACAAAAGGCAAAUUGCAACCUGGGUGGAGUGAAGAAAACGAUCUUACCAAGUCCACCGGUCCAGUUCGUUUGAAUGAAUGCAGCAAUUAACUAGUGGUUUAUGUCGAAGAGAAUUUGGAAUAAAUAGCUACACCGCACGCACUGUUGCU